UCCUGGCCUGCGAUUCGUGGGUAAAAACUUUGCUAUAAUUGCAUGGCCUUUCUCUCAGUCUUUCUGUAUACUCCUUUCCUUCUCUAGCCUCUCCUUCCAUCUCCCCUAAAACCAUUGAAAUUGAAAACCAAAUCAAGAACCCCCCUUCUUUCCUAUUUAAAACCCUAUUUAUACACCCACAGACACACAUCACUCUUGUCUUAAAUACAAUUCCUAUUACAGCCCCUUUGUAACAACCUUAAAAUCCCAUAUUAUUACAGCCCUGAUAGUUGAUACCAAACUAAUCUUGUUUUUCUUGUUUUCAAUGGAGUUUUUUAAGGAUGAUUUUGUGUCUGAUCAUAACAUAUAUGGGCCAACUGUUCGCUCUUCUUACAUUCAAAACCCCCUUUACUUUCAUCAUCAAACCCUAGAAUCUGCGUUUUCUUCGCUGUCUCUCGCGCCGGAGAACUCGCCGGUGACCCCUUUUGGUCCGGUCUCCGGCGAGGCUCUGCUUUCUCAGAGAAGACAAGUGUCAAGUAGUGGGUUUAAUGAUGGUUUGAGUUUGCAGAGUUUAAGGUUUCAAGAGGGGCAAAUGGGUUCUGGGGUGGGCCCACGAAAUCUGAUCCUGGGCCCACAAGGGUUUGGUGUGAGCACUCCUCCGGUGAUUGCUCCGGCUCCGGCGCCGUCUCUGUUUGGGAACCGGAGCUUGGGUUGUGGGCCCCAGCAAUUUGAUUUUGAUUUCUUGAUCAGCAAGAAACAAUGUGUGCCACAUUGUGUUGAUUUUAGUGGGACUGUUGGGGUGCCCCAAGUGAGGAGUUCUUUGAGUUUGAGUGAUAUAUGGGGUAAUAUUAUUUCUCUUGCUAAGGACCAACAGUUUUCGAAAAUAUUGCAGAAAAAGUUCUUGGACCCUAGCCCGCGAGAAAUUGAUAUGAUUUUAUCGGAGAUCGCUGAAUCUAUUGAUGAUCUGAUGAAAAAUCAGUUUGGUAAUAAUUUUGUUAAGAAGCUCAUUGGUUCGUGUAAUGAAGAUCAGAGGACUAUGAUUAUUCUCUCUGUUACCAAGAGCGUGUUUCAUUUUAUUUCUGUUUGUUGUAAUCCCCACGGGACUCGUGGGAUACAAACGUUGAUGGAGCAUGUUAGUUCUCCUCAUCAGGUUUCAUUGCUAGUGGCAGCUAUAAGCCCGAGUGCUGCUAUAUUGGCUAGGGACACCAAUGGCCAUCAUGUGAUCCAGCAUUGCCUGACUCAUUUUUCUAAUGAAUACAACUUGUAUAUCAUCAAUAACAUCGCAUCAAACUGUUUCGAAGUUGCUACAAGCAAAACUGGAUGCUGUGUGAUGCAGUUAUGUGUAGAGAAGUCUUUGGGAGUACAUAGACAAGUUCUAGUUUCUGAAAUUAUAGCAACUGCAGUGCACCUGGCAGAACAUCCUUUCGGCAAUUAUGUCCUGCAACAUUUGCUGGGUCUAAAGGAACCAGAUAUAACUGGCAGUAUUGUGAGACAACUUCAAGGAAGUUUUUUGUCCAUCUCCUGUAAUAAGUAUGGGAGCAAUGUUGUUGAGAAAUGUCUGAUUGAAUCUGGCGGAGAGCAAUGCACAAGAAUUAUAAUGGAGUUGGUCAGAAGCCCUAAUGCUUCUAUGAUGUUGCUGGAUCCAUUUGGAAACUUUGUCUUCCAGUCAGCACUAUCUGUUACUAAGGGAUAUGCACGCAUUGCGCUGCUCCAGCUAGUCCGAGCAAAUGCAGUUGUAAUGAAGAGCAAUCUCUAUGGGAAGAAGAUUCUUGCCUGGCUCGAGAAACGAAAAUUGGCUUAAUUAAAAGUAUUCGGAGGAAUUUUUUUGGGAUCCCUGGAAAAUUGUUGGCAUUACUCAUAGCCCAUCAGCUGUUGUGCUUUUGUAACUUGUUAUCAAAACUCCUUUCCUAUAGAUAAUCUUGGGAAUCCGUAAACCCUGGAAAUAGCUCAUUGUUGUGUAUUGUCAUGUAAGUUUUAGGUGCUAUGCUGCAUAGCUGAAGCAAGUGACAAUCCGGUGUUGUUUUUGUAUACAAACUUCUUACAGGGUCCGAGGAUGGAAGAUCAGAUUGGACGUCAUAGUAUUCCAGCUGUGGCGAGGUUAUCUAGUUCUUGACACCGGUAAUCUUUACAGUAAAAACUUGUACAAAUACUUUGUACUCUCGGCAUAAAUUUCUUCUCGGUGUGAUUUACUCUAAUACUAUUAUCUUAAAUCGGCCUCGGUUUUAUUUUGGAAGUGCUAUCAAAUUUAGCGGAUGGAUUGACAUACCGCAUUUGUUUGAUUUUUUCUUUUAUGUGCAUUCUUGUUCUCUUCAUCCUACAUUGCACUUAUUGUCCUGUGUUGUCAAACUGGGCUUAGUACUGGCAUGAACAGAUGUGUAAUGACUUGACUUUGACUAUGAAAGUGAUACGCAUCGUGUGUUACUUGCAAGUUUUGCCGUAAGCAUGAAUAACCUGUAAAUUCCCAGACUCAACGACUACAACGUGAAACUCGAGAGCGGUAA